AUGAACAAGUAUCUGCAAUAUUUAUUAACCGCGGGGAGCUCAGAGCGAGGCUAUGAUCCCUACAAUCCAGAGCUCCCCAGGGCCUCCCUGGAGGUGGAGGAUGAUGCUCUGGCUGACAUCACCGACGUGACUCCAGGAAUUCUGGAGCUGGAGCUGGUCAACAAGGCCAUCGAGGCAGUCAAAAAUGAAGUUGAGAGAGAGCAGAAGAAGUAUGAGGAGCUUCUAGAAACGACGAAGGAGUUUGGUGCUUCAGAGACCUCUUCACUCAUUUCAAAUACACCCGUGGCAGCUGCUGGGAUGCAAAAUGAUUCGUUUCCCUCUUUAGAGUAUAACCCAGGUAGCUACAACUUCAAUAAUAACUCGGACUACAACCCCACUCCUCUCACUGCUCCUGGCCAGUCAAGCAAAUACACUUUGGGUACUGCCCGCUCUAAAGGCAGCGCCCUGGAGUAUGUUCCCAAGGCUGUAGUACAGAAUAAAAAAUACAGCAGCACUGUCACUAACAACAAAUAUGUGAUUGAUGACUCUAAACCUUCUACAGACUUGGAGUAUGACCCACUUUCAAAUUACUCAGCCAGGCUGUUGAGCAAAGACACAACAAAGGAGCCGAAGGGGUCGAAAAGAGGCAGGGGCUCUAGUUAUGAGGAGUCCUACUCCCCCUUGCAAAAGAAGUUCUGUGAAGACCCCGAUGACUAUGAGGUGUGUGCCAGGUUCUCUUCUUCUGAAGAUGAGGCUGAGGGGGACUAUAAGCCAACUUCUGUUAGUUCACAGUCAAAAGCUGGUUCUGAAAGCGAGUCAAGCGAUGGGUUUCCCACCAAAGAGCAGAGCUCCAAACUGGGUGACUCCACUUCCCAGGACAGCAAAGAAGCAGCAGCAGCACAUGGAGACCUUCCAGGUCCACAGAAAAAUCUUGGCAAAACCUUCCCAGACAGGAAUGUGAAAGGAGUGAAAUUGGGUUCUGGUAAGAACGACCCAGAAAUGGAAAAUAAAAACAAAGACUCAAAAGACAAAACAAAAAGGAAGAAAUCAGAUGUUAGUAAAACAUCCAGCCCCAGCGAGGCUGGUAAGAAGGAGAAAAGUAAAAAUACAGAAAAAGAGAAAGUGCUGAAGAAAGAAGAAAAAUUAAAAACCAAGAGUGAAGAGAAAAACUGCAAAGAGAAAAGUGUAAAAGUGAAAAACGACGGGAAUUUAAAGAAACCUGAAAAACAAAAGUCAGAAAAAGUGGAUGGGCUGAAGAAAGAGAAAUCCAAGUCUGCCAGCAGCAGCAGUUCAGGGAAAAGCAGGAGUGAGGGAGUUGUCAAAGGCUCUAGCACAGAGAAGCUGGGGAGCAGCAAAAAAGACUCCAAGCUGAAAGCAGCUGAAGUGAAAAACGGUAAAGAAACCUCUGGUGGUAAAAACAAAGAGAAAGGGACCAAGAGUCCAGCUCCGGAGAGGAAGAAGGAGAAGGUCAGUUCCACAGAAAAAGGAGAGCCCAAGAAGGGUGGGAAGCAGCAGAGUCUGAGCCACGCUGACCUGUUUGGGGAUGAGAGUGGGGAUGAGGAUGACAAAGGUCGGGCUCUGCCAUCCACCUUGCCUCACGUGAGCUCGGACUCGGACGGUGCUGACUCGGGGUCAGACUCUGAGAGUGACAAUGAAGGGACAAAGAAAGUGAAACGUUCUAAAUUGUCCAAGUCAUCAUCAUCUUCCACAUCCGAUGACAUUGAUUAUUCCAUCCUUGAGAAAGAGUUGGACUUUGAGUCGGAUCCCAUGGAAGAGUGUCUCAGGAUUUUUAAUGAAUCUACAGAUGUGAAAACUGAAGACAAGGGCAGGCUGGGGAAACAGGUAUCCAAAGAGGAAGGAGCUGAAGAAAAGACAGAAGAUAAUUUAACUACCUUGUUUCCUGGCCAAAAAAGAAGGAUCUCUCAUCUUGUCAAACAAGGAAAUGCAGAGGUGCCGAGCAAGCCCGUAAUCCGGCCGUACCGUCCCCCCACCGCCCAGGAGGUGUGUUACCAGAGGAUCCAGCUGGCUCAGCAGCAGGCAGCACAGCUGGCUGUGGCCGUUCAAAAGGCCUCUCUUUCUUUGCCAGGAGAAAAGAAGAGGAUUGCCCACGUGCCAAACGCAGCCCUUUCCGCCGCGGCCAAACAAAGCCUUUUAAGCAGUAAGACAAGUGCUGCUGGCAGGAGUGUCACACCUUCCAAUGACUCUGAAGCACCCACCCUUCCUCUGAAGGCUUGCACCUUAGCUGGGAUGGCUUCAAAGACCACCAGCACCAUCGUGCCGAAAAGGGUAGCGCAUGUUCCCUCCUUACAGAGCACCAGCUUACAGAGGCCUGUUAUUCCCACAGAAUUUGGUGCUAAAGUCCCAACAAACAUUCGUCAGAGAUAUCUCAAUCUCUUCAUUGAUGAGUGCCUGAAAUUCUGCUCCUCUUCCCAGGAAGCGUUUGACAAGGCUCUGUCAGAAGAGAAGGUGGCUUAUGAACGUAGCACCAGUCGCAACAUCUACCUGAACGUGGCAGUGAACACCUUGAAGAAGCUCCGAAGCCUAGUGCCCAAUUCCCCCUCCAGCACCAACAAGACCAGUAAUAAGAAGGUGGUGUCCCAUGAAGCUGUGCUGGGAGGGAAGCUUGCUGCUAAGACCAGCUUUACUCUAAACCGGUCAGGGAGCUUGAGAGCAGAGGAUUUAACAGGAGCUGCCUUGUACAGGCGACUAAAAGAGUAUCUGAUGACUGAGGAGCAGCUGAAGGAAAAUGGUUACCCAAUGCCUCACCCGGAGAAGCCCGGCCGCGCCGUCCUCUGCACUGCAGAGGAGAAGAAAACAACUGACUCCUCCUGCAGGAUCUGCUGUCGCUGUGGCACCGAGUACAUGGUCUCAGCCUCUGGAAACUGCAUCCGCAGGGAGGAGUGUGUCCACCACUGGGGCAGGCUGCGCAAGCAGAGAGUGCCAGGUGGAUGGGAAACACAUUACAGCUGCUGCUCAGGAGCUGUGGGUUCACCUGGCUGCCAGGUUGCUAAA